GUUCUCCGGGUUCAUGAGAGGGCUGUUCCGCCAUGACACCACCACCCGUUGGGCCAGCGUUGAGCUAUGGGUGGUGGUGCCGGCGGUGCUGGUGUUGAUCAAGUUCGCCGUCGGCAGCUUGGGGCCCCGAUUCGUUCUGGCCCGUCAGAUCAACCCGGCCGUCAUGCUUCUGCACACCCUGAGUUACUACUCCGUCAGCUACACCCUGGGGUUGAUGAAGCCGUCCGUCGCCAAGGAAGACGCAGGCGCCACGUUCAACGUCUUCUUCCAGGUGUGGGCCGUCCUCAUCGUCACCUUGCAGGACAGCGCCAGCAUAGGGCGACCAUACAGGCCAAAGGAGAUGACCCUGGUGGACCUGCUGUCGUCGCUGUGGUCGGCCAACCAGCUUCGGACGCACACGGCGCUCGACAUCAAGGUGCCCCUCUGGGUCAUCUGGACCAUCCACGCCUGCCGGAUCAUAUGGUACUUCCUCUCCUCCAGCAAAGCCGCCCAGGCCAGCGACGAUAACGUGAAGCUCGUCAGCGACUACAUGUCGCUGGAGACGCGCAGCACCAACGCUAAUGCCGACACGGGCACCAUGGAAGCCUACAAUUACCUGGUUGAUGGCGAAGAUCUGCAGGAAAAGGAUAUCCAGCAGCGGAGCUUCACUGACGCUAAUGCCGCCACGGCCACCAUGGAAGGCUGCAACUACCUGGUUGAUGGUGAAGAUCGGCAGAAGAAGAAGAUCGAGCCGCCGAGCUUCAGGUUUGAGCUGAACAAGACGCGGCCAGGUGAGCUCAUCACGGUGGAUAAGGUAUGGACUUGGACCCGGCCUGGCAAUGACGAUGACAGGUUGCUGGGGAAGGACACAGACGGCGACAACAAGUUCAAGGACGUGUGCCUCUCCUUCGCGCUAUACAAGAUGCUACGCCGGCGCUUCCUCAACUUGCCCAUACCGGAGGCCAAGGACAAGGCAGUUCGGGACCUCGUCGCGAAUGUCAUUCUGGAGGACACACGCGAGUACGAGAGGGCCUUCCGCGUCACGGAGGUGGAGCUCUCCUUCCUUCAAGACUUCUCCUACAGCAAGCAUGCCGUAGUGUUCGCUGGCGGCUUCCCUAUCAUCAGGCCCAUCCUGUCAUUGUUAAUGGCUGCGGUUGCCUUGUACCUGGCCUAUGCUGUCCGUGACAUACCCAGCAGGAGCAUCGCCAAGACCACGACCGGUCACAUGACCAGGAUUUCUCAUGGGGUCUUGGUCACCCACUUCCUCAUUUUCAUCGUCGUGUGCAGAGAGCUUUGGGAGAUUGGUGUCUAUGUGUUGUCGCAGUGGACAAAGGUCAUCAUCCUCUGCCACUACAUCAGGCUGAAAAUACGCCAAGGGCAGGAUUCAACACACCAGCGCAUGGUGGCAAUGCUGGCGAGGAUCAUGUUCAGGCUCGUCUGGAGGGGCGAGUGGAAUCAAAAGAUUCACCUGCACAAUCUACUAAUGCGAAAGAGACCACUCGGAUUAAGGUUCGUCAAGCUGCCGACCGAAGUGAAGAAGGAGAUAUUUGGGACGCUCAAGGGCCUGAUCGCACAAGCGUCGUUAUCGGCUAAAAAGUCACCUAGUUCUCCGGUCGAAACAACAAACAACCAGAUAUUGCAGUCUUACCUUGGGAAGGCCUUCCCCGACAAGCCCGGCGACGGCCCCAAUGGGCCGACAGUACCCUCUAUAGAAAGAAUCCACAAAAGGCUGCAAAGGGAUACACACAAGAUUCUGGGCUGGCACGUCGCCACAAGCCUGUGCCAGAAGGAUUCCCACAUCACUGCCAACAUUGGAGAUGACAUGUACAAGUUGGUAAAGGCGCCGGCCGAUGGAGUCCUCUCCGAGUUGUCGCGGAACUACAACACUGCGGUCACGCUCUCCAACUACUGCGUGCACCUGGUGAAGGAGGCGCUUCUGCCAGACAACGGCCUCAUGGCCAGAAAGGUCUUUCACGCUGUCCGCGUUGAGGUCCGGGACGCCCUGCGCGGGUCUAGAACCCCAGGCGACGAUUCCAUCUUCAAUAUCGGCACACAGCUGAAGGCCGUUCUCAAGGAGAGGUACAGCAAGGAGGACCUCUGGAAGAACCUCGCAAGGUUCUGGGUGGGAUACCUCCUGUACCUGUCGGCGUCCACCAGGGUGGCCAAGCACCGGAUGCACCUCCAGGGCCGCGGAGAGCUCACCACGCACCUGUGGGCGCUGCUCUCGCACGCCGGCUUCCUUGGUGAAGACACGGCCCAUGGUCAGCAACUGCUCGACACGGUUGACGGUGCCGGUGCCUCAUCCGUCGAGUAGCUUUUAUCGUUCGACUUUAGCAACCUAUACACUAGUUGUCCUCCGUUUCAAUUUUUCUGGCUAGCUACGUUUAUUCACCAAUAUGGGUGUGCAGUGUGCUAUCUUUGUAUCCGUAUGUUUGUCUUUCU